CCUUGUAGCCAGACCUCUGGCCAUUCUGGUAGGAAAGAAAGGAUGGGUCUUCCAGGUUUUCCUUAGAGGGGGCUCAGCUGUUGGGAGACAUCCUGGCGCCCGAGUCAUAGUUGCCGUUAUGACAUCAUGGCUCUCUCCCCUCCUCCACUCUUCCUGCCAGAGCUGUGGCUGAAGGAGUACAGACCUGAGAGGGAUGGGACCACCUAACCCCUAACCAUGGGGCCCAAAAAAGUGAAGAUCAUGAUGAUGGAACAGGAACCAGUCGUGUUCAUCCAGGCCUGGUGGCGAGGCACCCUGGUGCGCCGGACGCUGCUGCACCUAGUGCUCAGAGCACGGAUCAUUCAAUGCUGGUGGAAGCAGAAGCUGGCCAAGCUGUUGGAGAACAGGCGGAGGGCGGCCCUAGUGUUCUAUGCACAGCAAGAAUGGGCAGUGGUCAAGCUGCAGUCCAGGGUCCGCAUGUGGCGCAUCCGCCUUCGUUUCUGCCGUUUGCUCCAUGCUGUCCACAUCAUCCAGGUUUACUGGCGCUGGCAUAGUUGCCACACUCGUGGCUUGAUUCAGGGCCAUUACGACCUCAAAGAAAACCAACUGAAUCUUCAACUUGAAAUCACUUUGGGCUCACAAGCUUGUAAAGUGCAGCAAUGCAUACCCUUUCCAAUAAAAGAAUGAUCAGGUCUGUUAUAU